AGUUGAACUUGGUACGACCCAUAAACACGAUAACACGCUCAGAUAACAUUUUAACGUCGAACUCGAAGAGUUUAAGACGCUGUGAAAUCAUGACCUCCCUAAUAAAUAUUUCCGAAGUGAAUAAAUUAACUAGUGAACAGUUCGAGUGGAUGUUUGGGAAUGUGAUUGAACUGUGUACAGAGGCAGCGGCCAAUGUUCAUAAAAAAAUACCAUUCGGUUGCGUAGCGGAGUUUUGUGACGCUUUCCACCAAUACUUGGAUGAUCUACCUAUGGAAGGGAAAUUGGUGAUUCUGAAACUCCACCCUGACUUGGCGGGACGAAUGGCAGCAGCGGGACAGUUAACGCACGAGUCAGCUGUGGAGCAAAAAUGUGCAGGAUUGAACGAUCUCACUAAGGAACAGAGAGAUAUUAUUGACAUUAGUAAUGAACGGUACAAAUCUAAAUUUGGUUUCCCUUUUAUAAUCUGCGCUCGCGAAAACAAAGUUCAAUCUAUAAUAGAUGGCUUACGUCGAAGGUACAGCAACACUAGAGACCAAGAAAUAGCCACUGGUAUCAAUGAAGUAAAGAAGAUAUGCAAACUAAGGAUUCUCGAUUUAGUAAAAGAUGACUGAUACCAUUAUUAGAUUAACUACUUAUCUAUUAAACUGUUUUAUAUUAAAAAAAGAAAUACUUUUUAUCUGGUCCAGCAAACU